UUCCCUAUGAGAUCUCUCUCAAGGAACAAGGAAGUGCUGAUGUAGCGUAUGCUCGUCUUAUGUUACUGGGAUCAGCUGGUACUGGCAAGACAUCUCUCAAGCGUUCAUUAAUGGAAAAACCUUUCAAUCCUCAUACUACAAGCACCAUUGUAUCUGAUGUAUCCUCUGUACGACCAUUUGGACACGAGUGGCAAACAAUGAGAGAAAAAAAAUGGAGAGAAGCCACAAAAGAAGAUGAAAUUCAGGAACUUGCACAUUUGCUUGAAUCCAGUCUUUCUAGACCAUCCUCGCACAAUGCAUCUAUAUUAAGUGCAGAAUAUUCUCAUAAUGAAUCAUCUACUAGUUCAAUAGCUUCUGAUUUGAAUGUAGAGGGUCGUAUCCAAUCAUUACUUAGAAAAGCUAAAGGUUCCACUGGUCAGACAACCAAAUCAUUUGUUCAACCAUUUCUUCAUAUAUGGGAUUGUGGUGGUCAGCCAGUGUUCCUUGAGAUUCUCCCAGCCUUCCUCACUCCUCGUACAAUGUUUCUCCUCCUCUUUGAUGCUUCAAAGGAUUUCAGAGAAAGAUGGCAGUCACGUCAGAAUACUCCUGAUGGUAGAGUGCUAUUUGGUGAGGUAGUGAAUGAAAGCACAAGUGAUCUAAUGGCCAAAUGGAUGUCUACAAUACACAGUCACCUUGUGAAGCACAACAAAGAUGAUACUUCUCCUAGUCCUAGUCUCUAUUGUAUUGGCACUCAUGGUGACAAGCUAAAGACCAAGAUGGAAGAGAGAUCAAUUAGAAUAUGAAAUACAAUCCAUGUACCAGAAAAAAGAGUUCUCAGAUCUUAUCAAAGAUGUGCUAAUCAUUGAUAAUACGACCUCAGGCAAGGG